AUGUUUUUUUGUCAAUUACCGGAAAAGAAAAGAAUAAAUUUAAGUUUCACAGAUGUAACAUUUCAAGUUCAAGAAAAAUCAAAACCAAAAACCAUAUUAAAUAACAUAAGUGGCGAAUUUUGUGCGGGAGAAUUGUCCGUCAUCAUUGGAUCCUCGGGAUGUGGAAAAACGACACUAUUAAAUAUUAUAGCCGGCUAUAGAAUCCAUACAAAAGAUGGUGACUUUCAAAUUAAUGGAAAUAACUUUGACACAAAAGGGUUACACCAGAUGACAAGAUAUGUGUUUCAGGAGAAUAGUAUUGUUCCAUGUUUUACAGUUUUUGAAACUAUGAUGUUUGCAUCCAAUUUGAAACUGCUUACUAAAUGCAGUGAAAAGCAACGACGAAGUUUUGUUUUUGAAAUUCUAGAUAUACUACAAAUGCGUGAACAAGCCAAUACAACAGUUGCUAACUUGUCCGGUGGUCAAAGGAAAAGAGUCAGUAUUGCUUUGGAGUUGAUUGAAAGCCCCUCAGUGUUGCUACUGGAUGAACCAACAACUGGUUUGGACGAAUUUUCAUCUUCACAGUGCUUAGGAAUAUUGAAAAAGUUGGCCAAUUGUGGACACACAGUUAUUUGUUCUCUUCAUUGUCCAUCCGCCAGACAAUCUCAAAUGUUCGACAAACUAUAUGUAAUGUCCCAAGGCGAAUGUAUUUACCAAGGAGGCGUAAAUCGUGUGCUGUCUUAUUUGGAGGAAUUCGAUUUAUUUUGUCCUGUAACGCAUAACCCAAUAGAUUUCAUUAUCGAUGUUUCUACCAAAGCCUAUGGUGAUUUUCAAACUGAAAUGGUCACAAAAAUUGACAAUGGUACAAUUUCUAAAUGGUUGCCAAAAUUGUCAAACACCCAACGAACAGUAUCUGGGAUCUCUAAAGAAAACGUUGGCUGUCAUAAACACGAAAUUCCUAAAUCAUUUAAAACCAAUCGUGCCAAUUGUUCCCGGUGUCAGGAGUUUAAGCUGAUAUUCAUGCGCUUCUUACAGCAAAUGUGGAGGGAAAAGGUGAACUUCAGAUUGAGGUUCUUUACUCACAUUAUUUGUGCCAUUACGAUUGGUUUCGUCUUUUAUGAGGUGCCUCGAAAUGCCCAGUAUAGCAUUUAUAAUUACUUCUUUGCUGUCGUUUACAUCACUGCCUUGGCAUUUUUAGGCACAAGUCCUAUGCUUGCAACAGGUAGGCUGAAAAUAUUGCCCAUAGCGUAA